AUGGCGCAUCCUUAUGCUCCAAUGGGGGGAAACUACGAUGAUAGAGUCGUAGGCAUCGUAGUGGAUGAAUUCCUGAAUGCUGGCUGGAUAGUGGGCACAUUCAACUUCAGAGGCGCACAUGGAUCCAAAGGCCGAACGAGCUGGUCUGGUAAGCCCGAGCUGGACGACUACACCUCAUUCGCUGCCUUCUUCAUGCACUACAUGUCCUAUCUACAGCCCUUUCCCACACCCUACACAGAAUCCUCGCCCGGGUCACAUGCAUCCUCGCCGCAGAGGCCUUUGUUAGGCAGAGUCCCCCGAACUCAGAGCCCAGUCAGCCCUGUCGUUGUCCUUGGUGGCUACUCAUAUGGCUCCCUCAUCCUCAAGCACUUACCACCGGUACCGACCAUUCUACAACCCUUCGCUGCGCCUAUACCAGGUUCCUCGGCCGAUGAAAUACUCCUCCGAGCCCACAAGCUUGCAGAACAGAGCAACCUUGAAUGGAUAAAGCUUACCCAUGACGAAGCACGCGCCAGGCAGAAACAGCGAGGCCACGAGCACAAGCCCAGCAUGACUAUGGGUGGUGAAGAGACUACACCGGAGAAACGGAGGAGCAGUAGGGAUAUUCACAGAAGUCUCGACAGUCACACAAGUCUCAAGAUAAGGACAAGACUAAGGAGCAUAAGCCACCGACGGCGUGAAGACGAUGCCACAGUCGCGUCCCCAAGCAGAAACAAGCACACGCCGAUCGUCAUGCCGGAGAUUCGAUACCUGCUCAUCUCGCCCCUUACCCUACCCGUUUCGACACUCCUCGCACCGGCACUAGGACACAAGUUCUGGCAGAAGGCGAAGGAGGGAGGGAAGGAGGUCAUUGGAAUGUAUACUUCACUGGCCAUUUAUGGAGACCAAGACGCCUUUUCGUCAACAAAGAAGCUUCGCGACUGGUCGAAAUCGCUUAAAAGUGGUCCCGCAUCGUUAUUUUCAAGCGUUGAAGUUGCGGGAGCAGGUCACUUUUGGGUUGAGCCGCAAGCCGAAGAGUCGUUGAGGGAGGCUCUGCGAGAAUGGGAGAAACUCCUGCAGACCUGGAAGGUUGGUCUGCAGAUUCACGCCUUCUGCAUGGUUUUGAAAGAGUUCUCGACUAUUCACUUCAGAUGCAAUCCGAAGAUCUGGAAAGAGACAGGAAGAUUUUGGGAACUUGACCACAGAGCAGCAUCUUGGAAAAAGAGGGUUCUCGAACCGAUUAUGAGCAAAGAGAGAUAUAACAGGCGGGUAAGUACGCAAAUUCAGAGAGGUAUCAAUAUAGUGAACCCGAACAUUGAUCCACGUCUACGCUCUGCUGAUUCACCUACACUGUCAAAUGUACAUCAAUUCCGCCCCCACAAUCAUUCUGGAUCGGAAGACACUUGUGUCGAUUCAGCAGUAAGAAACUUGCGUAAACUCGCCAUAGGCAGUGCCGAUGAUCCCUCCCAACAUGAUGCUUUAUUAUAUGUCGGCGCCGCACAAGCACGAGUGUUGAGACCACGGUGUAACGUAACGACUGCGAUCACCGGGAUCACGAAAACGCUUUGUACGUUUAGUGAAUAG